GGGUCCUAAUUCUUCUCCACCCCCAGACCUCCAACGCCUGGGCAACUCUGGCACUGUAGCACUGUACGCCUUUGCUACAAUCCUGCAACAAGUUUAAGCCGACCUUCACGAGUUUACGUACGGCUUUAGUUCUUCGACCCUUUUUUUGGGACGUCUCUCCAAUCUUCAAUCUUCCUCACUGCUAAACCAACUUCUAACUUUGCUUGAUUGACAUCACGAGAUACUUCUUUUUUUCGGCGAGGCUUCUUACCUUUUUUCUAUUAUUUUACUUGGACCAAUCUUACAUUAAUUUGCUUGUACACUUUUGGAGUCGCCACACAAAUCCCAUCAAAAACUACACAACAUCAACAGUCAUGCCUAGUAAUCCGCCCCCAGAACUCCCUCCGAGAACACAUAGUUCGUCAUGUCCCGACCCCGAAGAAGCGCUCCGAUUUACGGCUAGUAGUUGGCGAUCAAGCCAAGAUGAUGGACUCGAGAUGAAUAUCGAUACUCCAGAAACGUCGUCAUCCCCUGAACCAGUCAGCGCACCACUCCACGCCAAUAUUCAACACGACACAUCAGAUUCGCGAUCCGCCACAGAAUCCCCUGGGCCGGGCUUAAUGAGCCGCACUACACUCUCUCCUGACCGCUCCGGUACCCUAUCCCAGACCACGUCAGCGCAUAAGCCCACCGAUGCAGACCACGAUGCAUCAGCCAGAAGUGACACAGAUGCGCCAUCAGGGCUGCAGCGAUCGAGUGGUAAUUACGAUAUUGUAACUUCCAUCGGCGCAGACGGCGAGAAAUUGGAAUACGGCGUAAUGCCCGGUCGGUUGCAACCGGGGGACGCUUAUGCGCCUUCGAUGGGAUACGACCAUUCCAACAUUCGAAUAAUACCGACAUCUCCCUCAUCCUUCCUACGGCCGGGCAGUAAAUUCCACGGCACGCAACAAUCGGAACGGCAAGUAUACGACGUGCAAGUCGAAAUAAAAUAUGUCGACUUGAGGGAGUCAUUCCUCUGCGGCUUUCUCAGGAUCCAGGGCCUAACUGAAGAUAACCCGACGUUGACGACGUAUUUCGAGGGCGAGAUUAUCGGCAGUAAAUACGAAUUUAUCACAAAGCACGCGGGCUGGGGUGCAACGGAUAAAAUCGAUCUGAGUCACUGGAGCAAAUUCACAGCAUUCCGACAAUACGCCAAACAAGUACGAAAGGGACCCGUCACUAUCCCGAACUUGGCUCAGCGAGAGAACAUUUUCAUGCGUUGGAAGGAACACUUCCUCGUUCCCGACCAUCGUGUCCGCACCAUUAAUGGAGCCAGUUUCGAAGGCUUCUACUAUAUCUGUUUCAACCAGAAGGAAGGAAGCGUUAGUGGUAUAUAUUUCCACUCCAAGAGCGAGAAAUUCCAGCAGCUGGAGCUUAAGCACGUAGAGGAUAGAGGGUGUUUCGGCGCCGUGGAGUUUCGAUAGCCGUAUACGGUUUUACGUACGGAAUGAAUGAAAAGAUAGUUGAUGCCCGGCAUGUGGACGUCAGAAUAGCAUACAGCAACGACCACUCGCUCGAAUAGUAGUAGUAAGUAAUUUUUGGCAGGCGAAGGAAAUCAUACGGGAUGGUAUAAACUGGCAUCUCAAUUUCUGCAACGCAAAUAGGGAGGAGUACGGAACUUGACACCGAGC